AUGGACUGGGCCUGGGCUGGCCCCUGGAAGGAGAAGGGGGACGCUCAGACUUCCACCGACACUUCCCAGCCCAACCAGGGCAGGGCCAAGUGUCUGGAAGGAGGCCGCCACGGUGGGGGGCGGCUGAAACUUUGGAGAGCGCCCGGGGCUGGGAGCCGGGCCUUCCUCUCCCCUACCUCCCCUCCUGUCCCGCGGACAAAUCAGACUAAUUGUGACAAAAUGCUGGUUAUCUCUGGAAAAACAAUUAAAUUCCUUCGAUUACAUUUAAGCCCCGGCCCCGGCCCCAGCCCGGCCAGCGACCUGCUGGACGACGAGCCCGGCGAGGCGGAGCCCGGGGGGUCCCUGGCCGGAGAGGAUGGAGAGCGCAGGGCGCAGGGCGCGGCUCCGGGGAGCCCGGGACCGGGCCAGGCGUCGCCCGGCCGGCAGCAGCAGCAGCAGGGCCAGCAGCCCCCGGCGAAGCCCAAGAGGAAGCGCACGGGGUCCGACUCCAAGUCGGGCAAGCCCCGCCGGGCGCGGACGGCCUUCACCUACGAGCAGCUGGUGGCCUUGGAGAACAAGUUCAAGUCGACGCGGUACCUGUCGGUGUGCGAGCGCCUCAACCUGGCCCUGUCGCUCAGCCUGACCGAGACGCAGGUGAAGAUCUGGUUCCAGAACCGCCGGACCAAGUGGAAGAAGCAGAACCCGGGCGCGGACACCAGCGCGCCCACGGCCGGGGCCGGGGUGGCCGGGGUGGGCGGCGUGGGCGGCGGCGGGGUGGGCGGCGGCGGGGGCGGGGGGCUGGCGGCGGGGCUGGCCGGGCCCGGCCUGGCCGGGGGGCUCAGCCCCCUCAGCCACUCUCCGCCCAUGGGCACCCCGCUGGCCAUGCACGGCCCCGCCGGCUACGCGCCCCACGGCCCCGGAGGCCUGGUGUGCGCCGCCCAGCUGCCCUUCCUGCCCGGCCCGGCCGUGCUCUCGCCCUUCGUGCUCGGCUCACAGACCUACGGCGCCCCCGCCUUCUACACCCCGCACCUAUGA